CAGAGGGGCUUCAGCAGCGGAUUAAAGCCAAAGCCCUCGCACUCUUCACACCGGCGGCUCACCCACUGACCGACUGACGAUCGGACGCCUCUGGAUGUUUCCUUUGUGACGAUCCAUCCCGGCGGCUAUAAAGACCCUGAGACGUGUGAACUUUUGUUCACGAUCGACUUGGACGUCUAACUUCCAUACGAGUCAGAAUCUGGAACCACAACAAGUUGAAUAUUUCAUUAAUAUUUCUUAUCGGUGGAACCGUUUUUGGAAGAUCCAAAGAGUUUUGAGACUUUGAAAACAUUCAGAGCCUUUUGCAUUGAGCUGCUUAUUUUUGUUGGACCUACAGUCGCAGGAAAACUCUAGAACGAUACACGUCACACUCUGCAAGGUCUUGUCAGAAUUUCUUUCUAAAUCACUGGAAACAAACAAUACAGAUUUCUGGGAAAAGGGCUCAUCUUGUAUCCUGUCACGAUGAGUAGCGGUGGGACCACCACAGUUUCCCCACACGAGCCUCAGGCUUUCAAACGGGCAGUUCGCAAGAUCAAAUGUGCCGCCAUGGUGGCCAACUUGGCCAAGAGCUGGCAGGGUUGGGCCACCGAGCACAACGACAAGCAGGAUUCUAUCCCUUGUGGCUGGAUGCCCUCAUCUGUGGAGGACGUAGACAAGAGAGAACGCAAGCACGUGGUCAAACUCACCGCCAACCAGCGCCUGAUCGCGGAGGACGCCUCCGACACCGGCGGGAGUAAGAUCAGGACCGGUUCCGUCACCAAGACCGUCCAGCCCAAACGCAGCGAGUGCAGCAGCAGCGACGUGGUCAACGCCAUCCGGGGCAAGAUGGAGUCCGGCCCCGGGGAGAGCAAGCCCUUCUUGGGCAACGAGUCGCCGACGCGGCGGCGCCAGAUGAGGGCGCUACAGAGCGCAGGCGCAGGAGGAGGAGGAGGAGGAGGGGCCGUCCAAGACAGGAAGCUGAUGCUGCAGGAGAAGAAGUUGGGUUCGAGGAGCAGCAGCCUGGACACGGAGGACAGCGGACUGGGAGAGGAGGCCGGGCUCAGCGACAACAGCGAAUCCAAGACCGAACAGGGCGACAUGCAGUCCAAGACCAACAGGCCCAAGAUCAAGAUCAACACUAUGGGCGACAUCAAAAGCCGCUGGCAGCAGUGGUCCGAGCAGCACGUGGAGGGCCAGAAGCUCAACCCCUUCAGCGAGGAGUUUGACCAGGAGUACGCCAUGACGCAGCGCCUGCGCAAGGGCGACUCCGGCUACGGUCGACCCAAGGACGGCUCCAGGACGGCGGAGAGGGGCGACCGGGCCCAGAAACACAUCCACAGGGAGAUGGAGGAGAUGGUGUGGAUUAUCAGGGACAUGGGCCUCCAGGACAGAGAGGGCAGGACCGCCAUCACCUUCGGCCGGCUGUUCGAUCGCUACGUGAAGAUCUCGGACAAGGUGGUGGGCAUCGUGCUGCGCUGCCGCAAACACAAGAUGCUGGACUUUGAGGGGGAAAUGCUGUGGAAAGGACAGGACGACGAUGUCAUCAUCACACUGAGGGACUGAAUCCAGAUGUGAUGAACACUCCUGCACGAGAAACAGCGGCAGCCAUGCUAGCAGACACAAUGCUACAUCUUGUGUGCAAGAAAAAAAAUGGCAGAAUAUUGGAAAGAGACAGAAAAAUAACAGAUUAUUGAUCAACGAGAAACUGCUGAUCACACACGGCUUCAAGGUUAAAGACAUUGAAAGGAAAUUAAAGUUAAAUCGGGAUAGAUGUAAUCGACACUCACACCAGACUCAUUAGUUCUUCUCAGAUAGCUCACAGGCCAAUCCGGUGAAGGGAAACUAUCUUUAGCAUGCUAACCAUGCUCGCCUUGCUAACUAUGCUACGCGCUACAAGCCUCGAGGAUCCGUCAGGUCAUCAGUCAUCGCUCGACAGCCCCGCUCAGACCAUUCUGUCUCAUAAAUGUCCAAAAGGACAACGUCUGUUUUGUCCUCUCGGAAGGAUUUACCUGAAAACAAGCUCGCAGGAUGUUAGCCUUGACACAGGACAUUGAGACUUUUGGCUCGGGACAAAAAACUGGACAAAACCGUCAAAACAAUAAUUAAAAAGCAAUGAGACCAAAGUUGUUUUUUGUCUCUUGCUCGCAGAGUUUAGAUAAGAUAAGAUAAGAUAAGAUAAGAUAUGCCUUUAUUCGUCCCACAAUGGGGAAA